AUGUCAACAAUACCCAAUAACAAUUUGUCGGGACGAAGUUUAUUAAUAAAGAAAGAUCAGAAGAAAAUAAUAAUUAUACAUAAUGUUAAUGCAAUACGCGAAGAUGUGCUAUAUGAAGCGACUAAGGGGGACCGUUUUUUUGGUAGGUAUCCUAAUUUAAGAAUUGUUAACAAAUUAAAUCCCAAAACGAAUGCUAAUAGAACAAUUGCCUCGUACGACGACGGAGAAGACAAGAUUGUAUUAAGUUCCGAUUCUAUAACCGAUUUUUUGGGGCAAAAGAAUUAUAAUGUUCUUUUUGAGGCAAUAAGUAGUGUUAUUAACCAAACAUUGAAGAUUGAAGCUAUCCUUGUUCUCUUAAAGAAAAGUGAACGAGGAAUAAUUAAAGAAACAACAGUGACAGAUAGACACAGUCAAACAGAUGAAACGUAUAUUGAGAAAUAUAAGCGAGAAACAAAGAAAAGGAAAAGGCCCAAAGCCUGCAGAACAUAUGUUGUAGAUGAUAGCAAUUGCCCGCCACCACUCAAGUCAACAACAAAUCAUAAAAGGUUACUUCAAACAUCUCAAUCAGAACGGGUUCAGAAUGAACUCAUCGAUACAAAAUAUUUCAUAGAGGAGGACGGCAAUAUGUCAGAUGGAAGCGAUGGUAAUUUUUCUAUGGUGAGCUGUCAAAUACCCCAAAUUUUGGAAAACCCACAGGAAAUACUGGACAAUUUAGCAAGACAUACACAGUUGUGGGAGGGAAUGACACUGAAAUUGGUCGAUGGAAGCACUAUAAAACUGGCUACAAAGCCACAAGAUUUAUUUCACAUUGCAACUUCGGAGAACUUAAGAGGGUUGGUGGAUGAGGAUAAAAAGAAACUGAUGCUACAUCAGGCUUAUAUAGAUUGGAAAUACUGUUUGACAGAGGACAAUGAAGGCAAUUUGCCUAUCCACAUGGCAGUGUUGGAAAAUGAUGUGGAUUUGUUACAAAGACACUGCUUAGUUUUAAAAAGUCAUCAGGAAUCUCUGGAUUUACCCGGAAAAGGGGGUUUGUCGGCUCUUCACCUGUCGAUAAUUUGCAACGCACCACAAUGUACGCGAACUCUACUACUACUCGGCGCACCAGUGUCGGAGAGAGACUCCGAGUGCCGGAGGCUGCUGCACAUAGCGGCCGAAACGAGUGUGGAGUGCGUCAUCGCUAUAUUGGACCACUUAAGGAGAAAUGCAAGGAAGAUCCUAUCAGAAGAAAUGGAAUUAAGCUCCGAAUGGAAACAUUUAGAAGAAGAUGAGCUGGCAGAAUAUUUGAUCAACAAAUUUUGUUCGGCUUUUGAUGGGGAAGGCCACACCCCUCUCAUGCUGGCAAGUGCAAAAGGCCAUCUCGCCGUAGUCUCCGAGCUCACGAAGGCGGCGCCCCACACUGUCAACGUGAAGAUGCCCACCUGUGGAAACACUGCCCUGCUCCUCGCUGUCUCCGCCGCGAUGACUCAAGCCGAACGCUUGGGCAAUAAAAAAGCAAUCCCUGACGAAUACUUCAACACGAUCCAAGUGCUCGUGGAGCACGGCGCAGAUCCCGACAUCUCGAACGGCUCGGGGACCACCGCUAACAUGCUUAUAUUCUUCUACUCCUGCACCAAGCUGGCCCAGCUGAUGGCGAGCAAGAGCCUUAAGAACAGUUCGCAACCCUUCGAGUCCUACAUGCUGGUGAAGAACGAAGACGGACACAUAGAGGUCGAGCCGGUCGCGCCUACCAAGAGACCUAAGGCGCGCUCGGGCUGCGCGAACCGAUCGGGCACAACCGAGACAGACGUCCAUUCGCACCGAAAAGACAAACCGAUCAUAAUCCAAAACGUACCGGUCCAAGCUAAAAGACACGUAAAGACUAGCACGGCUGAAGUCGUCGACGGAAACACCAAACCCAUAAUUAUCACCGCCGACACGCUACAAAAGAUCAAUAAGCAGGUGAGCAUCAACAGACAGUUGGUUUCGUUGAACCUAACCAAGAAUCCCCAGAUCAAAAUUGUCCCGAGUCGAAUAGCUCAAUGUACUACCAAGAGCGGCAUGCUGGUUCUUCAACCUCUGGGAACGAGCAAUCAAAAAUUGCCGAGGAUUUCGCUGAAACGAAGCAUAUCCAAGGAAGGCGUGGUGCAGAACUUCAAGAGGGUACUCGUCAAAGCGGUGAAACCGAACACGGAGAACGGGACGUCUUCCGCCGAACACGCCGAGGCGAGCACAAGCCAACCGAAGUGA